UCACUGUAUUUGUUGUUGUUUUCGUUCAGAGGAAUAAAAGUAAAUCAGUCGACAUCUUUGAAAUACAUCUCGUUCCCCUACGUUAUGACCGUUUUUUAAGCUAAUAAUUGAGAAACUUGACGACCCAAGGGGACUAGCGGACUAAAUCUGGAUUUGUCGUGUUUUGAGUAAAACCUUGUUUUGUCUUUUUUCAAAGAUGGGCAGUCAGUACCAGCGCUCAGUACCACUAGAGGUGAGGAGAGCAGAGGGAGAGAGAGUUCGAGCCAAACAUCCUGACAAGAUACCGAUCAUUGUUGAGAGGUCUUCGAGGUCACGAGCUCCUGAACUGGACAAGAAGAAAUACCUUGUGCCCUCAGAUUUAACAGUGGGCCAGUUGUGCUUCCUGAUCCGUCAGCGUGUGUCUUUGAGACCGGAGGAGGCACUCUUCUUCUUCGUCAACAACUCCCUACCCCCAUCCAGCUCCCCUCUCUCCGCUGUAUAUGAGGAGCACCAUGAAGAGGAUCUGUUUCUCUACAUGACUUACAGCAAUGAGAGUGUGUACGGUGCCUGAGGGAGGAAAAAAGACUAGAGAGAGAGAGAGAGAGAAUGAGACUGCCUGGGAAAUAAAGAGUUAAGGUUGUUUUGUAAUGCUUCACACCACUAUUAUUCUCUGUAUUAGUUUUGAUAAGUAACUACAGUACACGGUGGAAGAAAGGCUUCGCACAAGGCAGAAGAGUCGCUGGUCAGUAUUUUGAGGUGAGCAUAAUGCGUUUUUAGUAAACUUCAAGUUAUGUUGAUUCCUUUCUUGGUGAAAGAAGAAAGAGGAAGGGUGGUCAGAGAGAAUGAAUGCAUCACAGAAGGAGGUUAAUGAAAUCAGAGCGAUCUCUCGUAAUCUUUCUCAGUCAUCUGUAUUUAAUGCAAAUAGUUGUGUUUUUGUUUUGUAAAUUAAUAUCAUCAACUUUUGUGGAAAAUAAAGAUGAAAAUGCAAACAUU